CGAGCUGCUGGAGUCGGGGUUGGCCCCGCGGCGCGAGGAACCGCCCCCUUCCUUCCGGUUCCGCCGGGGAAGGUCACAGCGGCCGGAGUCGCCUUCCCAAUGGCGGAGCUGGACGGGGGCCGGGACCCCGCGGUCUCCGAGCUGCAGCGGCUGGUGGCCGCUGAGCAGCAGCGGGCGCAGUUCACCGCCCAGGUUCAUAAUUUCAUGGAAGUUUGCUGGGACAAAUGUGUGGACAAACCUGGCUCAAAGUUGGACUCCAGAACAGAAGGCUGUCUAGCCAGCUGUGUGGACAGAUUCAUUGAUACCACAUUAUCCAUCACUAACCGCUUUGCUCAGGUUGUACAGAAAGGAGGACACUGACUACUGCAUUUCCCAGCUCCGGACAACCUAAUCUUUCCUGUUGAGCUCAAUGGACUUAUCAGCUGUCAGUGGAGCAUCAUCAUCUGUUCUAAGCUACAUUUUAUGUGACACUUUCACGAAAUGCAGAAGUGGUUGAACAAUCAUUUGCGGAAAGCACAACUGUCCCUGUGAAUUCUUUAGCUGCAUUGAACUGUUCAUAAAUGUGUCAUCGUACUGCAAUUUAAUAAAGCAUCAGGAACACUUGUCCAAACAAGUCUUGCGAUGUGAAAGUGUGUAUCACUGCUUUUCUACGUCUUUUAUCUAAUUAGAGGAAAGUAGAGAAGAGAUGUGCUUGCUACUGACACAGGGGAUGGGCAUAGUAUCUUAGCAUCAAAAUUAAAUUUUAAAAAUGUAAUAUGAAUAUAAAUGUUUUCAAUGAACUAAUAAAUUAAUGAAAACA